AGAUGAAAUGCCAACGUGGGCACAAUUAGCAGCGAAUUGCAUAGAGAUUUAGCUAGAACAGAGGGUAGAGGAAUCCCUCUCCAUUGCUAAAGCAAGCACCACCAGCAAUCAUCUGCCUUGUAAGCCACUGACUGGUUCAAAACAAAGAAGAUCCUUGUGGUGUCCACUCCAAUGAAUGAAACAUAAGCAGUGAACUCUAUCUUUGUAUCUAUCUAUUAGCAUUUCAUUCUUCUUAGUUCUGAGAUUGGAUCUCCAUGGGCCAGCUCCUUGGCAAAUUUCAGGGAAAGCAAUGGAGGGAAAGGCAGAUAAGAGUGAUAACUGACAAGGUUUAUAACCGCAUCAAGAACCAAUCUGGAAGGGCUAAUCUGUCCUUUGAAGAUCUAUACAUUGCUGUCCUACUUAUAUACAAUGACAUCAAUAAGCGCUUGCCUGGCCCUCAUUUUGAUCCACCUUCUAAAGAUCAAGUCAGAGCCAUGAUGCAGGACUGUGAUCUCAACUUCGAUGGGGAAAUUGACCAUGAAGAAUUUGUGAGGUUUAUUCGGAAGCUAACAGCAGACACAUUCAUUGUUGUUAGUCAAGGACUGAUGAUCACUUUGGUUGUAGCACCCACCGUUGCAAUGGCAACAAAGAAAGCUACCGAGGGUGUCCCAGGUGUUGGAAAGGUGGUGCAAAAACUACCCACUUCAAUUUAUGCAUCCCUUGUCACUCUUGCAAUCGUAUGGUUCCAAACUUCCGGCCAGGAGAUUGACUAGAAACCUUCAGUUCUUCUCUUCCACACGGGCUGGAAAUGCUGUUUGUUCAUACUCGAGAAGUAGAAGCUGGAACUGCUUACAGAUUCAUAACGAAAGACGAUAAUACUGCUGGAUGGUAUAGUUAAUUAGUUUUUCAUGGCUAUAAAUACGUAGCUUGUAAGGCAUUUUAUUUAUAUGCAACUUGCCAGUUCCAUUA